CCCAUCAAAGUGUGCUACGUUGUAUACUAGUGGAUUGCUAGACGACUGAUACUGUUGCUGCCCGCCUGAAGUCAUCAAGCACUAUACAUAUGGACUUGGAUGCGCACUCCAGCGAUGACAGCGACACGCUUGACCUCAAACGAAGCGCAGCUCGGCAUCAGAGUCGUGCAGCAAAAGCUGAGGCUGAUAUUGCCAAAGCCUUGAUGACUGCCGCAAAAGCAGAUGCUGCUGCAGACUUACUGGAAAUCAAAAUGCGAAAGCGUGCUCAGCGUAGUGGGAAACCAUUACCUGCAAGAAGACCUCUCACUCCGCCGCAACAAAAGCCCAAGCCCUUGGAGGCACAUUUCUCUUCUCCGCGAGUGUUUGGCGGUCGUUCGGCUGGCGGUGUUGUUCAAGUUCCCGUUUCGCCUAGUCCUCAGCGUGUUCGGCCUCCUGUGUCGCCUGUACGAGACAUCUUGGGCAUCGGGAAAGGCUUGACGGCUCGACACGUUUCCCUCAAACCUUCACCACAAAAGCCAAUUAAGACAUUCAAUGAGCGGUCUCUUGAUCGAAUUAGGGACUCAAAAGCAGUGUCAGACAAGGCAGUAGCGAAGGAAGCCUCGCGAGCAACCAGCUUCACGAACCUUGUUCCUGCAUUUUCUGCAACCGCUACCGGCAAAUUGGCAGAUGAUGUGUAUCAAGAGCCGGUUGGCAAUUUUAUGAUUCGCGAUCCUGUCAUUGCGAAGGAGGAUGCUGAUCGACUCUCAGACAAUGUUGCACAUCGCUUCAAUAUACGACAGUUCUUUGCUGCUGUCGGACCGCCAGACUACGAAUUGGACGACGAUAUCGUUGACUUUGUGAUAGCAGGGAUCGUUGCAAGCAAGUCAGAUACACGCUCAGCAAAGAACGAAAAUGCUAGCAAGUACUGCGUCUUGACCUUGACCGAUCUGAAGCUCGACGUGGCCGUCUUCUUGUAUGAUGACGCCUUCAAAGAUUUCUGGAAGAUGCCAGUCGGUACGGUGCUCUACCUACUGAAUCCGGUCAUACAAAAGCCGCGUCCAGGCGCCAGUGCGGACAAGUUGACCUUCAAGAUUACCGAUGCCAAGAAGAUCCUCGAGGUGGCAAAAGCAGCAGAUUUUGGGCUCUGUCGAACAGUGAAGCAGAAUGGACAGCAAUGUACACAAUGGAUCAACACAAGAAAGCAAGCAGAAGGUGUCUGCGACUUUCAUCUAGAGCUCAAAUUUGAGAAAAACACCAAGAAGCGCACAGAGUUUUCAAGUGGCACACGCGCAUUUGACCCGAGACAGCCUACCAAGAAGAGGCGCAAGGAGAUGGAGAAUCAUGCGCAGCAUCGUGUAUUCUUUGGCGACAAUGUCACAGCCAUGUCUGGUGGCCACGGUCUCGACGAGCAAUACGAUCAGCCCGUCAAGAAUGACGCACGGCUCAUGAAGGAAGCUGAAGAGCGGCAAAGGGAUCGUCAAGCAGUCGCAAAAUUGAUGAAGAACAUCCCAUCAUCAGCUGGCAAUGCUUAUUUCGACUUGGAGAAAGAACAAGGAGCAGAGGCUAGUGAUGAAGAGAAGCCAACGGUGUUUUCUGCGCCGACCAUCAGGAAGCUCGGCUUUGAUCCAACGCGUCGUGCAUACAUCACAGCUGUUCAACACACCAAGCCUAUUGCAGAUCUUGCAGCAGAGUUGACCAAAGAUGGGGAUGACAUCGAUUUGACGGUGAAGCGCAAUGCUGGUUCGAGCAAGUUCAUUGUGGCCGGUAUCGAGGCUGAUAAGAAGGCUGUAUCAAACAACUCUUCCUCAACACUGCCAGUUCAGGACGAGGACAGCGACAGCGAUUUGGAAAUCGUACGAUAGCAUUUCAGAGUAG